AUGUCUUCAGAUUGUGAGCCCUUGAUCCGGACACUCAGCCACCACCACUCCACCCCCACAUUCCGAUGGCCAAAUCGUUGCAAAAUUUCAUUCCGGAGGAGAAAACUGGCUACAAUCCGCCUCGGUGGGAAGAAGUCUCGUGGCAGAUUCUUGCUGAUGAGAGUUUUUCGGCGAGUGAAAAUGCGAUGGUUGAAGUUGAAGCAGUCGUUUAUGCUUAAAAAGCUCAAAGAAUAUUAUCAAAAUUUGAUAAAAGAUAUUGUUGAUGGGAGUGGUACAAUCGAGUCAUUCCAACAGAGGUUGCUUUUGGAGACAUCUUUUGCCAUUCCUGUUAUGGGACAUUCCUUCAAUUCAUAUCCUAACAAUUUUUGA